AUGAAGCCUUCACAAAAAUGGCUUAUUACGGAGAGGAGAUUGUAUAAAGGACAAGUAUCCUUAAUUCCCAAAAGAAUAUCAUUAGCUGUUCAUGCAAGUAUUUCAAGAGCAGUAUGGCUAGUUCCCACGUCUCCAUUGCUCAUCUCUUUCUGUUUUUCUUCUUCCUCUUUCUGUUGGGAUCUCCUUGUUUGGAAUUUUAUUAAACACGCUUCAUGCACCGAAAGCCUGACUGUCAAAUGCUUAGAGAAGGAGAGGAAAACACUUCUUGCCUUCAAAGAAAGUCUUACAGAUCCAUCAGGUCGGCUCUCUUCUUGGGUUGGUGAAAAUUGCUGUACAUGGAUAGGCGUUGGUUGUGACAACAGAACAAGACAUGUCGUCAAGCUUGACCUCAAAAAUCCAGUUGAUCCAGUCUUUGACCUCGAAGCUUUCCAGAAAUCAUGCUUGGGGGGUAAGAUAAGCCCUUCUUUACUCGAUUUAAAGCUUUUGAGUUACCUAGACCUAAGCCUGAAUAAUUUUAAUGGAAACAAUAUUCCAACUUUUUUGGGUUCCCUUGAAAGUUUGAGGUAUCUUAAUCUCUCGUUUUCAUCUUUUGGUGGAGUUAUUACUCCCCAUCUUGGUAAUCUAUCACGGCUCCAAUAUCUGGACCUUAAUUCACUUUCAUUCUUUGGCCCCCUUUCAAGUCUGGAAGUCGAAAGCCUACAUUGGCUUGCUGGUUUUCCUUCCCUUAAGUACCUUAGCAUGAGUGUGGUAAGCCUCGAUAAAGCAUCAGAUUGGCUACAGGCGGUUAAUGUGCUCCCUUCCUUAUCGGAGUUACACUUGGGUGGCUGUGGACUUGUUAGUCUUCCUCAAACCAUUUACUCUAUUAACUUCACAGGGCUUUCUGUCCUUGAUCUCUCUUUCAACAAUUUUGACUCCCCAAUACCUCACUGGCUGUCAAAUCUGAGUGACCUUACAGUACUCAAUCUUGACGACAACUCCCAUUGCGGUGUCUUUUCUGGUACUACUGCAAUUUUUAAUCUACAUUCUUUACGUGAGCUUCAUCUUUCAUAUAAUUUCCAACUUGAAGGUCAGUUACCAUCUAGUCUGGGAAACCUGACCAACUUGCGUAUAUUGGAUUUAUCUAAUAACAAUUUUAUAGGAGAGAUACCGAGCUCAUUUGCCAACCUUUGCCAAUUGCAAACGUUUGAUCUAAAAGUUCCAACAACAGGCUCAAUUCCAUCUUCUGUUGGGAAAUUGUCAUCCUUGCAGAGACUUGACCUUUUCGGAAAUCAAAUGAAUGGAAGCAUUUCAGAAACAAUUGGGAAGCUAUCAAUGCUGGUUUUCUUGUACUUGGAUUCCAAUUUUUGGGAAGGUGCCUUAACUGAAGAUCAUUUUCAGAAUCUCUCUCGAUUAGAAGUAAUGGCUUUGUCUGUUCCAAAAUCCACCAAAUGGACAUUUGUCAUAAAAGUAAAUCAUGAUUGGCUUCCUCCUUUUAAGCUUAAGCGUCUCUGA